AUGAGCGCGCUGUACUUAGAGCUACCGCCGACAGGCGCCGAGUCGGCCAAGGUCGUGAUUCGCAUCGACCCGAUGCAGGUACUGCUGGGUCUCAGCUCAGGCGACCUCUCGGAGAUGGCCGUGCCCGGUAUUUACGUGCCGCUGGACUUUCUCGAGUCGCUCGACACGAACGCCUCGGUGCACGACGCGUGGGAGAAGGCGCAACUACAGGAGGCGCGCGAAUGCGCUGAUAUCACCAAUCAAGACAUUGUGACGCAGAUUUCGCUGACGUACCCCGUCGUCUUUAGCACCACGAUGGGCUUCAUCGCGGGCUACGCUCUCAAACACAUUGGCCACAUCAUCGGCGUCCUCGGCAUUGCAGCCAUCGCGUCUUCCGAGGGUCUCGUCGAGAUCCACUGGAAGCGCAUCAAAAAGUAUUUUGCGCUCAAUGCGCUGGUCGCGGCGCCGGCGUCGACGUCGCUGAGUGUUGUCGAGAUCUGGGACGACUUGACCAAGAGCUUCCGAAAAGAGAAGCGCCCGCGUCGGCCACCGCCGCGCGUGCUCUCACCAGGGGGCUUCCUCGUCGGGCUGAUACUCGGGCUGCGGCACCGGUAG